AUGUCGCCAGAUACCGUAUCGUCGCUGUUUCCAGAUCGACCGAUUCGGCCGUUGCCGAAACGUCGACUUCGGGAGAAGCUUUCCCCCGACGUCGCAGAUACGAUAAAAUAUCCUCCUUCAACUCACGAAACUGCUCCCCUCUUCUAUUACCCGUCUUACAGUCUCAAAGAUGAGGCAAGUCCGCCGAGAGCAGGUUCUACGGGCCCAACUCUACCAAAUCGAAGGACGGAGGUGGGGCGCAACUACACCCCUCGACGAACCGGCGCUGGACUGCUCGAUGGCGAGGAUGAAGAGGCGGUUUUGCGAAGUACUCUGGUCACUAGGUCGCCCCCAGAGAUUCUAACCCGUAGCACUCAGCAGGCUUCAAAGCAAGACCAAGCUCGGCCGAAUCCGCAACCGCCUCUCUCCGCGACGUCCUCCUUGGAUGGCUAUGAUCUAUUCGAGAACACAAACAACAAGAAGAAGCGCAAGAUCCCCUCCGCAGGAGAUGCUACGCUCAACGGCACGCAUGGCCUGCACCACGAGAUAGGGUCUCUUGCUAUUUCUGCAGGCACAGGGCAUUCUCCAACUAGUGAACUGCACAAUGACAGAGCGUACUCUCACUCGGGCACAUACCCAAGUGCUGGAACAUUAACAACCAGUCAGGGAAUCUCAGGACCCGGGCGGGGCAGGCUUGGGCGUGCAAGGAACGGCAGAAGUCCACUACGAGCGUUACCUGAUGGUAACAAUUCAUGGGUCGGACGAGCGUCUUCACAAUGGGCAUCAAGUGAACAAGAGGGCAGCGGUAUUAUAUCUAACGCUAUUGCGAAUGCCGAGAGACUACGACCUCAGGGACAAGAGAACGUGAGCUUGCUCCAGCAACACACCAUCGCUACAAAGACAGCCCCAGCGUCGACUCAAUUUACCUUCACCUGUGAUUCUCAGGUUCCUGGUACCAUUCAGUGGCCUGGUCACACGAGUAAGCAUGGCAUGUCGACCUUGGGUGGCCCUGGGUCCUUGCCACCUGGCAGUGUUGCUCAUCAUGAUGGCUCCUCCGUCGCCGCUAGUCGAGGCUCGGGAAGUUCUCGCCAAGACAGUAAGCGACGUCUGGACAGGUCGCUCGAUAGGGCUGCACGGCGCCGUCGUCAACUUGCUACGGAGGCCCGACGAGCCAAUCCCGAAAAGGCAUACGAUGGCUGGAUAUGCGAGUUCUGCGAGUACGAAAGUAUUUUUGGGGAACCACCUCGAGCAUUAAUCCGAAAGUAUGAAAUGAAAGAUCGCAAACGCCGACAGGAAGAAGCUGAUCGCAAGCGACUUCUUGAAAAGGCUAAAGCCAAGAGCAGAAAGGGGAAAAAGAGUGGCAAAAGCGCGUCCAAAGACCACGGUGUUACACAGAAUCCAGCUCAGGAACCAGGCGUCACAUCCGACAUGAACCACGACCAUGUUGUCCAGUCAGAAGAAGAGGACGAAGAUGAAUACCCGAAUUCGCCAGGAGACAGGACUGGACCAGACAUACCAGUUGAAGGAUCGAUUUCCUAG